UUCGCACCUGUCUCUCGUUUACCACACGUCGAUCUAAUAAAAACGAUAGCAACUAUGGCGACCAAAGUACAGAAGAUUAUGGUGCAGCCCAUAAACUUGAUCUUCAAGUACCUGCAAAAUAAAACACGAGUACAGAUCUGGUUAUUCGAGCAAGUAGAUCUUAGAAUCGAAGGGCAAAUAAUCGGCUUUGACGAAUUCAUGAAUUUGGUGCUUGAUAACGCGGAGGAAGUCAACAGCAAGAAGAGCACGCGGAAGGGUUUAGGUCGAAUAUUGUUGAAAGGGGACAACAUCACACUCAUCCAAGCGGUGGAAAAGGUUCAAUAA